AUGUUAAAAGUCAAAACACUCUCAAAAAAUGCAACAGAACCAAAAAGAGCAACCGAAAAUGCUGCAGGUUAUGAUCUUUCAAGUGCCAAAAAUUUAAUUGUACCAGCUGGUGGUACAGCCUUAGUACAGACAGAUAUUAAAAUGGCAAUUCCAAAAGGUUCAUAUGGUAGAGUUAUCCCAUUAAUAAAUUUAUUUUUGAAUUUUUCAAUUUCUAUUGGUGGUGGUGUUAUUGACAGUGACUAUAGAGGAAAUGUUGGUGUUAUAUUUACCAAUAAUUCUAAAAAUGAUUUCAAGAUUAAUGUUGGUGACAAAAUCGCUUAUAUAAUUUUUCAAAAAAUCGAAACACCACCUGUAGUGGUUGUAGAUGUUUUAGAUAGAACAGAAAGAAACGAUGGUGGCUUUGGUUCCACAGGUAUUUAAAUAUUUUAAAGAAAAUUUUAAAUAAAAAAUAGAAACUACUUAACCAAAAUUUAAAAGUUUUUUUUAAUAUUGUUUUUAAAAUAAAAAUGCUUCAUUAGCUCAGCUGGUAGAGCAAAGUACUUAUAAUAU